AUGCCAGAGCAGAAGUGUGUACUUAAAUUUGCCAAGUUGUCGGAGAAUGCUUUUCCGCCAUCGAAAGGUUCAACUAAAGCUGCCGGCUAUGAUUUGAAAAGCGCCUAUGACUAUAUCGUUCCUGCUAGAGGAAAACAGCUCGUCAUGACCGACAUCCAAGUACAGGUACCCGAAGGCUGUUACGGCCGAGUAGCACCCCGGUCAGGGCUUGCUGUGAAGAAUUUCAUCGAUGUCGGUGCCGGUGUCGUCGAUGAAGACUAUCGCGGAAACGUUGGUGUUGUGCUGUUCAACCAUUCGGAAGCUGAUUUCGAAGUUAAAAAAGGAGAUCGCAUCGCUCAAUUCAUAUGCGAAAAAAUAUCCUACCCAGAUUUGGAAGAGCUUCCUUCUCUUACUGACACGGAGCGUGGAGCAGGGGGCUUUGGUUCUACCGGAACCAAUUAG